CACCCCUGCCCUUUGGCUGGUUCAGAAGUAGGAGGGGCUGAAGAGGGAGUGCUUUCUGCUAAAGAUGAGUUGAGUCAGUGAGACUUUUAGAGGUACAUUAUCUCCACUCUGCUCCACGCGAGCAUACCCACCUCUUGUCCCUCACUCCCUUCUUCUUGUUUCCUUUUCUUUUUUUAUAUCUUCCACCUUCAUCAUGUCACGUCCACUUACUGACCAGGAGAGACGAAAGCAAAUUAGCGUACGUGGCUUGGCUGGACCAGAAAAUGUAUCUGAGCUCAAAAAGAAUUACAACCGCCAUCUUCACUUUACCCUUGUGAAGGAUCGCAAUGUUGCCAACCCCCGCGACUAUUACUUUGCCCUCGCACACACAGUGCGCGAUCACCUGGUUGGUCGAUGGAUCCGAACUCAGCAGCAUUAUUACGAACAUGACCCCAAGAGAAUUUAUUACCUCUCCCUUGAGUUCUAUAUGGGGCGCACACUGCAAAAUACCAUGGUGAAUCUGGGUCUGGAAAAUGCAUGUGAUGAGGCAGCAUACCAACUGGGACUGGAUAUGGAAGAUCUGCAGGAGAUUGAAGAAGAUGCUGGUCUGGGGAACGGAGGUCUUGGUAGACUGGCAGCCUGUUUUCUGGACUCUAUGGCUACCCUUGGACUUGCUGCCUAUGGAUACGGCAUUCGAUAUGAGUUUGGAAUCUUCAACCAAAAAGUUUGCAAUGGAUGGCAGGUAGAGGAGGCAGAUGACUGGCUGAGAUAUGGUAAUCCUUGGGAAAAAGCUCGUCCAGAAUACAUGAUACCUGUACAGUUUUAUGGUCGAGUUCAACACACCGCUCAAGGGUCAGAGUGGGUUGAUACCCAGACUGUUCUCGCUCUCCCAUAUGACACUCCAGUCCCAGGAUAUAAAAAUAACACUGUUAACACUAUGAGAUUAUGGUCUGCAAAAGCCCCUGUUGAAUUCAACUUGAAGGACUUUAAUGUUGGUGGUUACAUCCAGGCUGUGUUAGACCGUAACCUUGCUGAAAACAUCUCACGUGUCCUAUACCCCAAUGACAAUUUUUUUGAAGGAAAGGAACUACGUCUGAAGCAAGAAUACUUUGCUGUUGCAGCUACCCUCCAAGAUAUAAUCAGACGUUACAAAUCUUCUAAGUUUGGAUCUCGUGAUGCAGUCCGUACAUCUUUUGACUCAUUCCCUGAUAAGGUGGCAAUACAGCUCAAUGACACUCACCCAUCUCUUGCUAUUCCUGAACUCAUGCGUGUAUUUGUGGAUAUUGAAAAACUUGACUGGGAUAAGGCCUGGGAUAUAACAACCCGCACAUGCGCUUACACGAAUCACACUGUACUACCAGAAGCAUUAGAGCGCUGGCCUGUUCAUCUCCUUGAGAACUUGCUCCCAAGACAUUUGGAGAUCAUGUUCGAAAUCAACCAGAGACAUCUCAAUCGUGUAGCUCUCGUAUUCCCUGGGGAUAUCGACCGUAUGCGCAGAAUGUCUCUUGUAGAGGAAGGCUCAGUGAAACGCAUUAACAUGGCUCAUCUGUGCAUUGUGGGAUCACAUGCAGUCAAUGGAGUUGCUCAAAUUCAUUCUGACAUCAUUAAAGACACUGUUUUCCACGAUUUCUAUGAAAUGGAUGCCCACAAAUUCCAGAAUAAGACUAAUGGAAUCACCCCAAGGCGUUGGUUAGUCCUGUGUAAUCCAGGUCUAGCUGAAGUCAUAGCAGAACGUAUAGGUGAUGAGUACAUCACUCACCUAGAUCAGCUAAAGAAACUUUUGGACUUUGUCAAUGACGAUGCCUUUAUCCGAGAUGUUGCUAAAGUGAAACAGGAGAACAAAUUGAAGUUUUCAAGAUAUCUUGAGAAAGAAUACAAAGUAAAGAUCAACCCUAGUUCUAUGUUUGAUGUCCAUGUAAAGAGAAUCCAUGAGUACAAAAGACAACUGUUGAAUUGUCUGCAUGUGAUCACUUUGUACAAUAGAAUAAAGAAAGAUCCUAGUAAGCAAUAUGUGCCCAGAACAGUCAUGAUUGGUGGAAAGGCUGCUCCUGGCUAUCAUAUGGCCAAGAUGAUUAUCAAGCUAAUCACAUCUGUUGGAGACGUGAUCAAUAAUGAUCCAGCCAUAGGAGAUCGUCUGAAACUCCUCUUCUUGGAGAACUAUCGUGUGUCUCUGGCAGAGAAAGUGGUCCCAGCUGCUGACCUUUCUGAGCAGAUCUCAACUGCUGGUACCGAGGCUUCUGGCACUGGAAACAUGAAAUUCAUGUUGAAUGGUGCCCUGACAAUUGGCACCAUGGAUGGAGCAAAUGUUGAAAUGGCUGAAGAAGCCGGAGAGGAGAAUCUCUUCAUUUUUGGCAUGAGAGUGCCUGAUGUUGAGAAGCUUGAUCGUGAUGGGUACGAUGCAAAGUCGUAUUAUGAUAGAAUUCCUGAGCUCAGACAAGUAAUUGAUCAGCUGAAUUCAGGAUAUUUCUCAACCAAACAACCUGACCUCUUCAAGGACAUUGUCAAUAUGCUGAUGAAUCAUGACAGGUUUAAAGUGUUUGCAGAUUAUGAAGAUUAUAUCAAAUCUCAGGAUGCUGUCAGUGCUCUGUACAAGAACCCUAGAGAAUGGACUCGCAAGGUGAUUUUCAACAUUGCCGGUUCUGGGAAGUUUUCAAGUGACAGAACCAUCAGUCAGUAUGCUCGUGAAAUAUGGGGUGUAGAGCCUAGCACCCUGAAAAUCCCUCCCCCAGAUGUUCCAAGAGAGUGACAGCUUUGGUCUUCACUGGCGUGUGCCAUACAAAUCUACCAACCUUUAGUUCCUCCAAGGCGACACCAUUCGUACACCUGCCAUAAUGAUCCUCUCCUUUCUCUUAAUCCCCAAACCGUACAUUUGCCUGUGCCCCCACCAAGGAGAAAAUACCAAAACCCACAUUAUCAUUUGUCUGACCAAGAGGAAUAUAUGAAUUUUUACUCUUAUGAAUUGACUCCAUUUCCACCACCCCGCCGGAAGAGAUUUUCACACGUCAUCACUGAUAAGAAAAUAGGAGAUAAUCAUGUCCAUUCUCAUAAUUUCAUCCCAAUCCCACCUCCACGCAGGAAAAGUUUUUCACGCCUUGUCACCCUUUAGAAAAUGUGAGAUAUUCAUGUCCAUUCUGAUCAUUUAAUACCAAUCCCUCUAACACAAGAAAAACGUUUAUCAUUUCAUCUCUCCCAUCAUAUAUAGUGUAAUUUACUUUAUUGAUCAACUGAGGCACACAACCUCCCACUUAGUUCUUGUGUAAUUUAUUUGGAUUUGAUAUAAAUUACAAUUGUGUUUUGAAUCUGGAAUCCUGUUCAGUAAAAAACAAAAUAUAUUCUUGAAAAGGGGAAUAAUUUGACGGUAUAGUAUUUGCUUUGUACCGAGCAUUCAUGUUAAGCAAUAUCAAUAUUUCUUUCGAAAUCCAAUAGAUAAUCUUUACAUCAGUUAAAAGAAAUGCCGUAUGUGCUAUUUAAUAAAGCAAUACUAUAGUA